CCAGCAUCGACUCUUAGCUUCACAGAUAUCAUCAGAUAGCAAGUAAACGUAGUAGCCUACGCAGCACACACAGAAAUACAGUCACUUACCAUGGCUUCUAGUGUCCACCGUCUCCUUGUCCUCCUCCUAGCCUUCGCAGCCUUCAAUGGCAGCUAUGCAGCUCGUCAUCUUCUGGACACAGCGGCUGCACCAGAGGCUGCACCAGCUCAGCCUGCCCCUGCGAUGCCCAAAGUUCCAACAACACUGCCUCCGAUGCCUUCCAUUCCGGCGGUCCCAACCACACUGCCUCCAAUGCCUUCCAUUCCAGCAGUUCCAAAGUUGACAGUGCCACCAGUACCAUCCAUUCCUAUCCCGAAGGUUGCCAUGCCACCAAUGGCCGCUGGCACAGUUCCGUCCCUUCCAGUUCCGGUGAUUCCAACUACCAUACCGGCCCUUCCUACUUUGCCUGCUACCAUGCCACCAAUGCCCUCAAUACCAAUUACUAUUCCAUCCAUUCCAAUCACAAUCCCAAAGACAAUCCCUACAAUUCCUGGGUUCCAGAUACAACCUAUCCCAUUCAUGUCCCCACCCCCGCAAACCACCAGCCCUUGAAGAUCGCUGUAGCAUGAGACUGCUAUGUCUGAGUGCUAGUCAGAGAUUCAAUUCGGCAUAUACUCAUAUAUAUAUAGUCAUAGUCAGUGUGUUUGUAAUGUUUGUUCUAUUACUUCGGUGUUACGGGCUUCCAUAUGGUGUGAUUGUAAAUGCAGCCAGUUGCUUGUCCUAUCCUGUUUGAGUGUUUGUUGAUAUAAAUCAUUGUUUGGUUUGCGUGAGA